AACAUUAAUGCACGAGAGAUACAAUCACAUCCCCUCAACCAUCUCCGACGUGGGGAGGAGAGGCCGUUACAAUCGGCAAAUGUGGACGCCAUCGUUUAUUUCCGUGAAGCCAAUCCCAGUCUGUCUCUAUGGUGUUUUAUUUUUCAACAAGCCGAAUAGAGCUCGGUUUUUUCCGUGCAGUAGCAAUUAAAGCCGAGAGUCUUUUGCGCGAGGCACAGGCAUCAGUCGGUUUGGGUAGCACUGUAAAAUUGUUUACGUCUUACUGAACAAGUAGAUAAGUAUUUUGAAAAUGGAAUCAGCCAACCAGCUCAUGUCUGUUGGAACGUUUCAAGUGCUUAAAUUACCCCUUGGAUUUAUCAGCGUUUUGGAAUGGCUUUUUGCCAUUUUUGCAUUUGCAACAUGUGGAGGCUACAGUGGACAGCUGCGGGUUAGCGUUGACUGUCAGCUUGACAAGGCCAGCAGCAACCUCAGUAUUGGCAUCGAUUUUGCCUAUCCUUUUAGGUUGCACCAGGUGUCCUUUGAGGCUCCGCUGUGUGAUGGGAGGAGGAGGGAGAGUCUCUUCCUCAUUGGGGACUAUUCUUCCUCAGCUGAGUUCUUCGUCACCAUUGCUGUGUUCGCCUUCCUCUACUCCCUCAUGGCCACCGUAGUCUACAUCUUCUUCCAGAACAAGUACCGAGAGAACAACCGAGGCCCUCUCAUCGACUUCAUAGUGACCGUGGUGUUCGCCUUCAUGUGGCUGGUCAGUUCUUCGGCCUGGGCCCAGGCCUUGUCGGACGUCAAGGUCGCCACAGAUCCAGAUGAGGUGCAGGAGCUCAUAUCUGCCUGUAAGGUCAUGACCAACAAGUGUGGCUCAGUGCAAGGACCCCGUUGGUCAGGCCUUAACACCUCUGUGGUGUUUGGCUUCCUAAACUUCGUCCUGUGGGCAGGAAACAUCUGGUUUGUUUUCAAGGAGACUGGCUGGCAUAAGGGAGGACCUGCUCGGUAUGCUGGAGCGCCACCCGAAAAACAGGCCGCGACCUUCAGCCAGCACCAGCCCUACAACCAGGGCAGCUUCGACCAGUCAGGAGGCUACAGCGGCCAGGGAGACCGGGAGCAGGCAUCAGAAUACAGUCCUGUGGGUGAACCCACCUCCUACUCCAAUCAGAUGUAGCCUUGCAGUCUGAUUGGGACAUCAGUGUUCUAUAAGGGCAAAUUCAAUCAGGGGUUAAGGAAGGAAAGGGUUGAAGGGAGGGAGGGGGCAUGAGGGGCUAGCUCAGUUUGAUCCUCUGAUGCAUCACGUUGUUGGUGUCCUGUUUGUGCAAAAACAUUUAAAAAAUGUGUCCAAAUGACCUACAUGCAGUUCUUAGGUAACAAUAUUCUGGUGCCAGAAAAGGUAAGUUGUCGAUUGAUACAGUUCCACGCGUUGUAUUUUGAAGUAUUGUACAAAAUCUAGAUUUUAGUUACGUUUUUAGAUGUUGUUUUCGUGAAUGUUGUAUUGCCUUUUUAACGAGACGUCUUUUUCAAACUGGUUUGUACUGUCGUGGAAGAGAAAUGUGGUCUACAAUUGUAUAAUUCUUGAAGUUUCCUAUAUAGUCUUGACAAAGUGCAUGAAGUGGUGCUAUGUGUUUCUAUGCUUGUUUGUGCACAUUCUAAUUGUGAAACUGGCAGGAUUUAAUCUCAGCGUUACAGCAAGGUAACAGUAGCAGUUUAUUCCUCAUUAUUAGAAUUUUAUUUAAUCGCUUGUAUUUAUUUAUAUUUUUUUCAAGACAUCCUUUAUAGUAUACACUAUAUUUAAAUAAAUGUGUUUUUAUUUUAUAUAUUUAGAAUGAUUAUUUAAAUUGUAUAAAGUUUUAUUUCACUGCACUAAGGAAGAAUUGUUCGCUGUCUGCCAUGUUACACAAGAUGCCCUUGAUCAUAAAUGGGUUUUAUGUAUUGAUUUGUGGGGAGUUUUUGAUGUUGUUGUUAACAAUUGUAAAUGGGAAAAGUGUUUGUACCCGCUCUGUUUACAAAUGGUUGCUCUUGAUUCAAAUGAAAGAAUCAUUUCAUACACAUCCUGGAGCUAGCUAGCUAGGCCCCAGUGAAAAAGGGCCAGAAUAACUAAGUUGCAAUUAAAACAGUGAGCUCAGCCAAGCUUGUCUGUAUAACCAUUCCUGAACACCCUCCAUUUUAUCUGUCAUGUUUUCUCUGUCUUGAAUUCUAUAAACAAAGUCAUUCAGGUUUGUACAACUUUUGGAAAGUUUGUGCAAUGUAUAAAAAUAAGUCUAAUGAGAUGGUGUCUGAUAUUGAUGAUGAUAAUGAAUUAACCAUGUGUCUUCAGUGUCAAAGCAUGUGGUAAAAAGAAACUCCAUGUAUGUACUUGCUCUUCUGUCCGUGUAACAUUAUAAUUUGAACAAUUUGAAAACCAUUUACCAGUAUUUGUAAUCUGUUUAUGAUUACUGAGGGUGGAUGAUAUUUUACAAGCAUUUUGAAUAAUGCUAAUAAAGAUGUUGUACAAAUCCA